AAAAUCCUUUCAGCAAAUAUUCAGAGCACUUUUCGGAUCAAAUUCUCCGAUCAAUCUCAACAAUGGCGUCGCACGAUCAGAGCUUCAAAGCCGGCGAAGCCAAAGGACAAGCUCAGGAGAAGGCAGGGCAGGCGGCAGCGACGGUGAAGGACAAUGCGUCGGAAACCGCCGGCGCGACGAAAGGUCGGACUCAGGAAGCGAAGGAGCAAACCGGAAGCGGAAUGGGCGCCGCCAAGGACAAGGCGGCCGAGACGGCGGAAGCCGCCAAGGAGAAGACGGCGGGGAUGGCUCAGGCGACGAAGGAGAAGGCGGCGCAGAUGGCGGAAUCCGGCAAGGAGACGGCGGAGGCCGGGAAGGAGAAAACCGGCGGGUUAAUGCAGCGGACCGGCGAGCAGGUGAAGGAAAUGGCGCAGGGCGCGGCGGACGCCGUCAAGAGCUCGCUGGGGAUGGCCGGCGAGGAGGAGGAGGAGCGCCGCCGCCGGAAAUAAUCUUAAGGCCGUGUUUGGAUGUUGUGUAAUUUUAAUUUUUUUGAAUUUCUGGUUUUAUAUAUAUAGAGAUAGGAAGAGAAGUCUCUUUUUCUCCUGGUGAUUAGGGUUUUGUUCUCUAAAUGUAGGGAGAGGGAGAUUUGAAUAAUGCUGUUGUUUUUAUUUUAAAUUUAAUAAAAUUUAGUUACAAAUGGUAUA